AUGGUAUGGAUGAUCAAAUGCGACUGGAGGCAUCCCGUUGGUUAUGUAAAUAAUAGCAAAAAAACGCAUUUAGCGUUAUUGUUAUCGGCAGUGUACGACGAAAGUCGACCAAAGUCCAUCAAAUAUUUCGAAGCCACAAUGAAUAAUGUUCAGGUCACCGUGGUCUCCGCUCUCAUAGCGAUCAGCUCUUGCGGUCGCUUGGAGCCCCAAUAUCUUCCACCUCGACCGGGGGGUGGCGGCGGGGGCUAUAGCGGAUCAGGAGCUGGGGGGUCUUUCAGUGGGUCUGGUGGAUCCGCUGGUGGUUUCGGAGCCGGAGGCAGCGGUGGGAGCGGGUUCAGCGGAGGAUCUGGAGGAGCCAGUAUCCCUAUAACUAAGUUUGAAAACGUAAACAAUGGUGACGGCACAUACCAAUUUAGUUACGAGACUGGCAAUGGCAUAUCAGCGCACGAAAGUGGCGCGCCCCGGGCCCAGGGUCCUGAAGGGCCAGCAGUGACCGCUGAAGGUGGAUUCUCGUACCGUGCCCCCGACGGCCAGCAGAUCGGCCUCACUUACACGGCGGACGAGAACGGGUUCCAUCCCGUGGGACCUCAUCUCCCCACCCCGCCCCCAAUACCAGAGGAGAUCCUCCGGUCAAUUGAGUUUAACAAGCGUAACCCGUCAUCCGAGGGCGCUUACAAUGGCGGCGGUGGCUCCGGCGCUGGUGGUUCUGGAGGGGCCGGCGGUUACCGUUACUGAUCUCACUCAUAAAAAAGCUCAUCGGUAGAAUCAUACAGAAAUAUAAUAGAGAUUAAGUUAAGAAAUAAGUAUUUGUCACUAUGUCGUAUGUUUUUGUGAUUCCAUACGCCCAAUUGUCAUUAAGAUUCGGACACAACAAAACUAGUUAUAAAUUUGAAUUUAUUUACAUUUAAAAUUGACUAGAUUUUCUACGUAGUUCCAUCAAGAAACCGCUAGAAAUAACCCGACAUAAUCUCCAAUAGUUACAGAACAAAUCAAUUCUGUCAACGAUUGGAAAAUUAUGUAUACAAAAAUAGAACCUAUAUCCAAUACGAAAAUAUAUAUAAUUACGUAUUUAAAUCCGUGUAGAUUCUAACAGUUCCAGAAAUUCACCAAAACAAAAUUUUACAUGUUUUAUUCUAUUUAUGGUUCGCAAUUCCAUUAACUACGUAGUUACCUAAAAUAUUACUGUCGCUUUAAGUUAAAUACAUAAUGGCAUUACAAGGUCUUUACUUGAAUUCUCCAAAAAUGUUUUAAGGCCAAUCAACAGGGGAUUAUUUUUGUUAACGUUCCAAGAAAUGACACUCCUGCAAAUGUUACAAUUUAUUACAGAAGCACCUACUUACUUAUUAUUAUUUUGAUUGACUUUCCUUAUUUUUAAGCUUAGAGCUUUCAGAUGGUUCUAUUGUUGAGCUGUGAUUCUUCGGAAAUAAGGACUGUGAUACCACGAUACGCAAAU